AUGUCCGUUACUAGCCAUUUACUUGCUGGUCCGACUAAUUUGCAGCAUCCAAAGAUUAAGCUUCCAGUCUUUGAUGGAAAUUUGAAAAACUGGCUCAGUUUUUGGUGCCAAUUUGAGAAAAUUGACAAAGAUCCGAAUAUUGGAGACCAUGAUAAAUUCCUUUAUUUAUCGCAAUCCAUGUUAAAAGGAUCACCUGCUGAUGAACUUUUAAGGAGUUUUCCUCCGAGUGGAGAGAGUUAUAAAACUGCAAUUAAUCAACUUAAAACUCGGUAUGGAAAGGAAGAAUUGUUGAUUCAAGUGUAUGUGAGAGAGUUAUUAGCUUUAGUAUUACAGAAACAAAGCAAAUCUGAGAAAUCUCUGCGGAAACUUUAUGAUCAACUUGAAUCAAAACUUCGAUCAUUAGAAGUGUUAGGAGUAACUAGAGAAAAAUAUGCUGCAAUGUUGUUUCCUCUAAUCGAGUCGUCAAUUCCUGAGAAAACACUCAAAGCGUGGGAAAGAUAUCGGACUAUAAAUAAACGGUCAAUUAUUCAUGUUGUUCCAAAUGUUGAAGGAGCUGAACCAAUUACCAAGACUGAGUUGGAUACUUUGCUAGAGUUCUUAGAGGGUGAAGUAGAGGCUGAAGAGAGAGUGAACAUGGCAUUUCAAUCCUUCGUGAGAGGUACAGAUGAUAGUGAGAAACGAAGAAUUCCUACGAACGGUAGAUUCCAGUUGAAACAAAAAUUUGGUAAAUCUGCACAAAUACCUUCCACUUCUGAAUUGCUUACUUCACCACAUGAAAAGAGAAAGUGCCUUUUUUGUGAAAACCAGCACAAUUCUUGGGAUUGUGAAUAUGCAAAAAAUUGGAGUUUGAAUGAUAGAGAAACGGCUGUUGCAAGAUCACGUUGUUGUUUCUUAUGCUUACGACCAGGGCACAGAGUAAUAAAUUGCAGACGGAAACCAUGCUUUAAUUGUGGUAAAAAUCACAAUAUACUUCUUUGCAGAGGAGUUGCGGCCAGUAAUGAAGUUCAAAACCCAGAGAGUAAGGCAACCGAAAGAGUCGUUGGCGAUAACGUCUUAACUAGCCAGUCUCUUCAUUCUGAAGUUUUAUUACAGACUCUAGUCCUGCGCAUAAGAAAUGGAAAUAAAGACAAACUUGUGAGAGCUAUUAUUGAUACAGGUUCUGAGAGAACAUAUAUUAUGAGAGACGUAGUCAAAUAUUUGGGUAUAGAGAAAUGCGGAGAAAUUAAGUUAGUACACAAGUUGUUUGGCGGUGUAUCAUCAGGUGAGAAGUAUCAUUCUCAAUACAAAGUUACUUUAGCGAGUAUGGAUUACAGAUUUAAUUGCAAAGUACUUUGUUUAGAUCAACCAGUGAUUUGUGAUUAUAUCAAACGCAUCCCUAAUGGUCCAUGGAUGAAAGAGUUGAAUGACUAUGGAAUAUGUGUGAAUGAUACUGAGUAUAGUUCACUAGGAGUAUCUAAUGACGUCAAAUUGUUACUUGGAGCUGAUGUGGCCGGCAAGCUUUUCACAGGCAAUGUAAAAUGUUUGAUUGAAGGUCCUGUUGCCGUUGAGUCACAUCUAGGGUGGACUCUUAUGGGGAAGAUACCGAAAAAUGAUAUUGCUGUGACGACAAAUUCUUCUCUUUCAUUGCUUUUAACUGAAGCAUCAGUGAAUCAACUGUGGUCAUUGGAUGUUUUGGGAAUCACAGAUCCAUCUGCGAAGAAAGUGCAGGCAGAGUUGCAAAGAGCUACACAAGAGUACUUUUUGGAGACAAUCAGACUAGAUGUAGAAAACUGUUUUGUGGUUAGCAUGCCUUGGCUGGAAGAUCAUCCUCCAUUACCAACCAACUAUGACCUGGCGUAUAAAAGAUUGAAUUCGACUGUCAACCGCCUUAAAUCGCAGUCGAUUUAUAAAGAGUAUGAGCAAGUUUUUAAUGAAUGGAUGGAGGAGGGAAUAAUAGAAGAAGUAAAGGAUAAUUGUGAGGAAAAUGAACACUACCUACCUCAUCGUGCAGUUAUAAAACCGAAUAGCACCACCAAAAUUGGACCCGUAUUUGAUGCUUCAGCUAAGGCCGAAGGUUUUCCAAGUUUAAAUGACUGCUUAGAGAAGGGUGAAAAGCUAAUUGAAUUGAUACCAAGCAUUUUGAUGCGGUUUAGGACUGAGAGAAUUGGUGUCGUUUCAGACAUACGUAAAGCCUUCUUACAAAUCGGACUUACUGAAACUGAUAGAAAUUACUUAAGAUUUUUAUGGCUUAGUGAUACAAGCUUGAAGGUUUACAGGCAUUGCAGGGUAGUAUUUGGAGUAACCUGUAGCCCAUUUUUGCUGUCCUCAACUAUCAAAUACCUCCUGAUGAAUGUUUUGAAAAAAAUAAGGGAACAAAAGGCUACUUAUCCUGAAUAUGUUGUACAAAAACUAAUGAAAAGUUUUUAUGCAGACAAUUGUGUCACGAGUGUCAAGGAUAUAGAAGAAUUGAAUAUGUUUGAAAGAGUUGCUACUGAAAUAAUGGCAAGUAGAAAAUUCGAUCUUAGAGGGUGGUAG